CCAAAUGCUGCAGGUUGAAGAAUCUGAAUCUUACUGAUGAAGGUCCUUGAAGAAUUACAUUCUUGGAUGUGAUCAAAACUAAAAACAUUAGAGAUGCACUGAUAUAAAAUUUUGCCAAAACUGCUAUUAAUAUAACGUAUAAAAAAGGGACAGUCAGUUAAACACCUGGUCAUGUGCAUCACUGUCACAUGACCAAACAAAUCCCACGACCUCUGCCCUCUUCAGAACAACAAACAAGAACAAGAUGGAGACAGACGCCUGUCUGAACUCUCUCAGCUGGAGGUUUGGAUUAAUGUGUUUUUGGAUGUAAGGAAAUUCUGGAGGUUUCAGCGUGUCUUUUUAUGGAAGGUAGCCAUAUUGGAUUCUGUGAUCAACCUCUUCAGUUUUUUGGUUUCUUGAACUCUGAACUUGUGACCUUGAAUUAAAAAUGGGUUACAGUCUCCUCCUAACAAGCACAAACAAAUGGAAGCUAAUUUUUUCCAAAAAAGAAAAAAUAAAAGCCCAACAAGAAGUCAUAUUUAGAGUUUUAAAGUCAUAAUUUUAACUCUCCGAGUCACAAUAUAGAUAUAGAAAGUCUCAGUGACUUUCUAUCUCAGUCAGAGGCUUCUUCACAUUUGCUGUAGUGCAGACUGCUACAGGAAAUCCUUGCUGCCCACAUCCAUCACCAUCUAUAAUAACUUUUUGAUGAACCUUGGAUAAUAUGAGUUACAGCUACAGUUAGUUUCACUUUAGGGUCAACAAAGUAUUUUUCAAAUGAACUGAAUAAUUAUUCACUUACGUAUUUAUUGACUAAAAUAAUUAUAAUAGCAUCUUCAAUGCAUUUAUCUACAACUUCAUUUUAAUUAGAAUAUUUGUAGCCUAAUUACUUAUUAAAGUAUUAUAUUGUGCAACCACUUUCAAUUCUUGUUGCUGUUACCUGUUGUAUGGAAAUAAACGAAAGUAGAACAUAUUCUUUAUUUUCAUAAUUACAUUGAUAAGAUUAUUAUUACAGUUCCCUUAUCAGGAGUUUAUUGAUCCAACCUUUGGCAUGUGUUAUGUACAGUGCAUUUAAUGAGUGUUGGGACUGUCCAAUCAAAAUAAAGCUCUAGAAUCUAUUGACCAAUGGUGUAAAUCUGUGGGCGGGGUUCAGUAGACGUCUCCUAUUGCAUCAUCACCGUCGUCCCAUGGACUGACUUGUUUGUUGUUGAGCAAGAUGGAGUUCCUUCUGGGAAAUCCUUUCAGUACCCCGGUGGGUCAUUGUAUCGAGAGAGCCACUGAUGGGUCCCUGCAGAGUGAAGACUGGACCCUCAACAUGGAGAUCUGUGACAUCAUCAAUGAGACAGAGGACGGGCCGAAGGAUGCGAUGAGAGCGGUGAAGAAGCGGCUGAGCGGCAACAGGAACUACAGGGAAGUGAUGCUGACUCUAACGGUUCUGGAGACGUGUGUGAAGAACUGCGGCCAUCGUUUCCACUCCUUGGUGACCAGUAAGGACUUUGUGGACGGCGUCCUCGUUAAAGUCAUCUCUCCUAAGAACAACCCGCCCACCAUCGUUCAAGACAAAGUCCUGGCUCUGAUCCAGGCUUGGGCCGAUGCGUUCAGGAGCAGUCCGGACCUCACAGGUGUGGUUCAGGUGUACGAGGAGCUGAAGAGGAAAGGCAUCGAGUUCCCCACGUCAGAGCUGGAGACGUUGUCGCCCAUCCACACCCCUCAGCGGGCAGCGUCUGCUCCAGAGGGCGACUCUGCACUCCACAAGUACAGCAGCAGCAGCAGCAAGACUAAAGCCGCACCGCAGUCCGUCCCACCAGCCUACAGCGCGCCGCAGGCCCCCGGCCUGCAGCCAGGGGGCGCCGUCACCCCCAGCCCCGAGCAGAUUAGCCGGCUCCGCAGCGAGCUGGAUGUCGUCCGUGGAAACACCAAGGUGAUGUCAGAGAUGCUGACGGAGAUGGUGCCAGGGCAGGAGGACGCUUCAGACUACGAGCUGCUGCAGGAGCUGAACAGGACGUGCCGAGCCAUGCAGCAGAGGAUAGUGGAGCUCAUCUCCUGCGUCUCCAACGAGGCGGUGACCGAGGAGCUGCUGCACGCCAACGACGACCUCAACAACAUUUUCCUCCGCUAUGACAGGUACGAGCGUUUUCGGUCCGGCAGAUCCUCCGCUCAGAGUGUCAACAACGGGGUGCUCAAUGAGGCCACAGAGGACAAUCUGAUUGACCUUGGACCCGGCUCGCCCGCGGUGGUCAGCAACAUGCCGAGCGCCGCUCCGUCCAGCCUGCCCCCCGCCCUGAGCAGCGCUGCAGGGAGGCCCUCGUCCCCGGCCUCUCUGGCCUCCCGCCUGGCCGGUUUAGACGUGGGCGCCGACAGCGUCAGUAGCACUCUGAGCGCGCUCAGCAGCUGUAAGCCGGCGGCACCGCAGGAUGACUUUGACGUGUUCGCUCAGACCCGGAGCAGCGCGCUGGCAGAACCACACAGAACGUUGUCAGCAGCGGACGCCGCAGCGGACGGCCCUCCGCCCACGCUGGACGUCCAGCAGCCAGCUGCUGCAGGCGCGGGCCGGGAGCGUCAGUCCUCUGUCAUGGAUGACAUAGAGGAGUGGCUGAGCACCGACGUGAAAGGAGACGAAGGAGAGGAAGGCGUGACCAGUGAAGAGUUCGAUAAGUUCCUGGAGGAGCGGGCCAAAGCUGCCGAGACCGGCCCGCCGUCGCCCCCCAGUGGCGCGGCGCAGGGAACACCCAGCAGGAAGAAGACAGGGAGACAGGAAGACGCUCUGCUGGCCAUGUAGACCAGCAGCUCCACGUCUCCGGACCAGAACAGCUGCAGUCCAGAGACAUCCAGGUCACCCACUUCCUGCUUCCUGUUUCCCACUUCCUGUUUCCAGACAUUUUCAGUAACUGUGAGGCAGGACGGCCCUCAGAUCAGCGUUGGGUUUGUUUCAGCUGCUCCUAAACAGAACCGACCCGUUUGGUUCAGUAGGACUGACCGUCCUCUCUGAUGUUUGUCCUAGUCAAAUCAUCUCCCAGUUGGUUUGUAAGUGUUUGGUGUAUAUUUGGCUCUGUGCUUCAGAGUCGCUGGUUUCAUUAGUUUCUGUUCAGAACAAAAAGGGAAAAACCUCCAUGAUGCGACAGGAAGAAGAAAGGCGGGAACUUCCUGUUGGUCCAACUGAAGCUGCUGGCAGGGCCGGCCCAAAGCCCCCCUGGGGCCCGGGGCCCCUGUCUCCCACCUUGGGGCCCCCUGGCAUUAAAUCCUGACUGUUAAAAGAAGCUGCUGGCGCAGCAUUUGCUCAUGCCUUGGGCUGGCUCUGCCUUCACCGUUUGUUUUGUCCUGAACUCGUUUAGAGGACCAAACGUUUCAAUUUGACUUCCUGUUUCUGAUUCGGUUUCACACUACAGAUGGAGUUUGCACAUCAUCAGUGUCGUCAUUAAUCUAGAGACUUGCUGUCAUCCUCAGAGGCCUGACCUUUCUGAAAACCAUAUUUGUUUUCAGAAAUGAGUCGCAGCGUUUACAUCCAGACCAGCGCUUAGUCGCCGCGGCAACGAGCGUUUCCGUUGAGCUGCAGAAGUAAUUUAUUCUCUGAUCAGUAUUUAAGUAUUUUAUUAAGCUGAGGAUCAACUGGCAUCAUGUCUGGACUUUAAUGUUGUUGCUUCUGUUUCUGCUGAAGAGAUUCCUGCCCCCUCCCCCACCUGCUGCUGCUGAUCAGGAUUUAUGUCGUUGGUUGAAAUCAAACGAUGAAGAUGAAGAUGAAGGUUUUAGUCUGAAGUCACCAGAACAAUAACCAACAUGAAGAUUGCACUUUUUAGAGAUUUCCUUUGGUUUCCUGGGUUUUGUUGUCGCUAGUGAUUCUGGUUGCAGAGCAAAGCGGCCAUGUUGGAUCUGAACUCGGAGCCGCCAUAUUGGAUCUGGGCUGCUCCGUCUUUCUGUUCUUUGUGUUUCUUCGAUUAUGCAUGAACUCUAAAUAAAACAAUCUGUGUGAUCCACA